AUGAACAUCGCCGAGGAGUACAGAAACAAGCGCUACCACAAAGUAAUUCUAUGUUGGAGAUACUGCAAAAAUCCAGUAGAAUAUUUGUAUCUAUGUUUGUCGCUAUACGGAAUUGGCCGACGAAGACCAGCCUUCUUACUUCUUGUUAGUCGGUUGCAGAUGGCCACGGACAUCAAUACCAAGGUGAUGUAUCUCCAAACUCUAUACGCCAUCACGAAAAUGGACGCGUUCUGUACCGAAAUCAGAUAUUUAAAGUUCUCGCCUCAAUGGGAUGACAUCUUGGACGAACAAAGCCCUGAUUUACCCGAUUGUCUGACUCUCAGUCCUAGUGACGAGGUUUUGAGAUUCAAAGGUGAAGGCGCCAAAAUCCAGACGGGCUCUUACGCAGAAAGUUGCCUACUAGAUCUCAAGAGCAGCCAAGAAAUAAAAGUUUGCACCAAUUUUGGACCAAUAAUUCUGGAAGCUGUUGCCAGGGGAGGGCUGUUGGAUUUGGUUCUGGACUUGAUGAAGACUCCCGCAGCUCAAAGCUGGGCAAAGAAAGCCAGAAGCAAAAUUGAAGUCAUUGUUAUUCCUUCAGAAGGUGACUGCUUUAAACAUGCAGCAAUUAUCCGUGAAAUCGUGCACUUCGCGACAUACCACUUCCUUGUGGGAAACGAUAUCCUCACAUACAUAUACUGCAAACACAUCCUCAUGGGAAUCAUCCUGUUUCAAGACUCUGCGAGAGAGCCAACAUACGGAAAGGGCCUUCUUGAAGAAGAAACGCAAAAUGUGGCCAUGAUGGCUUUGGAGUUUGCAAGCACAGACGUCUCUGAUGAUGAUUUGAAUAUGCUACUUGAGGCUCUCUUGUACAAAUCUUUUGGCAGGAUCGUUCAUAAUGAAGAUUCUACAAACAAUUGUCAGAGAGAACUACACCGCUCUCCAUUGCGCGGGAGUAAGGUUUUCACCAGUCUUGGCCAUGCUCACAGACUAUUAGCUUCCAAACACGCUCUCAAAAUUAAGUUCAACAUAAACGAGAAAGAGGAGGAUGUCUGGAUACUAGACCGUACCGAGCUACGAGAGGCAGCUCGAUGUUACAUCAUCGCAGCUUUCCUGGAUGCUCCUGACAACCCAGAUAUACUCAUAAAAUACGAACAAGUUGUUUGGUGUCUUUUAUUAAUGGGAGGUAUUGAUCUUGCUGUGAUUGAGCUUUUCAUCAAUUUGCGCAAUUUUCAUCAGAAGAACCUCUUUUUCUCUUACUCAGGUCCUAACCCACGCAAGAUACAUGACAAACUGAACAUGGCCUGGCCAGGAUUUGUGAACCGUUUUGAGAUAAUCAACAAAAUAGAAGAUCUAUUCUUCGAGCUCGAAAAUGACUUGAGUAUCCGGAGACUCGCUCCUACGGUUUUGGAGUAUGAUCACAAAGUAUACAUGGCGACGUCCUACAUCCCCUCGGCAAUAGCAUUCACUCUUGAAAAUGGACGAUUAGAAGCAGAUUUGAAUGAAUUUGAGGACUGGUCUAGAGCGGCUGUGGCUAAGAAUGUUGAAUUGAGCCUUGAGUUUGCAUUGAUGUGGUAUCGUGGCUACUUAGAUACCCACGAAGAAUUACCUGAAGAAUUCAGCUCCUACUAUGAGAAAUAUAUAGAGCCUUCUGGAUCUCUGUGGUCCAGGAGCCAGAGACUGAGGACUAGAGACCAAUAG